CAGCCAACGGCUGUCCGGGCAUGCUGGGAGUUGUAGUUUUGCAACAUCUGGAGGUCCGCAGAUUGAAGACCACUGCAUAGGAGGUAAUACUCACGUGUCCCCACUGCUCCCGUCACCGCUGCCCUGGAUGUCGCUCCAUUGCUGUCGCCGUGUCCCCGUCGCUCCGGAACGUCUCUGCUUCCGGACUGGUAUCCUCGCUCUCCAUCGCCGCCAUCACGUCGUUACGCACGCCGACACACGUAAGCGACGACGUGAUGACGAGGAAGGAGAGCGCCGGCCAUACAGGGGAUCCCUGAAUGGAGAAGACACCGAGAAGGCAGGUAAGGUCCCUCCCGGUGUUCUGUAAGCACUAACCCGGCUAUUCAGUCGGACUGUUCGGGACCGCCGCAGUGAAAUCGCGGCGGUCCCGAACAGCCCGACUGAACAGCCGAUUAGUGUCUGAAGGGUUAAUACAGGGCAUCACUGCGAUCGGUGAUGUCCUGUAUUAGCCGCGGGUCCCGGCCGUUGAUGGCCGCAGGGACCGCCGCGAUAGGGGUGUAUUCGCCGUAUAAGACGCACCAACUUUUUCCCCCCAGUUUUGGGGAAGAAAAAGUGCGUCUUAUACGCCGAAAAAUACGGUAUAUAUAUUUGCUAUACACCGUGUAUAUCUUAGCGGUGUUACCAAAAAUUGCUAACUUGAAAAUAAAUAAAGAUGAUAAUAUUAUAAAUAAUUGAAUUACCAAGUUGUAUACAGUGUAUUGCUAACAAGUUGCUAAAUGAUGUUGAUUGAGACGGUUAUUACUAAACUGGUGCUUUUUCUGUAAGUUUUCAAUACGCCUUUAAGGGUUAAUGUCUUGGAGGACAAUUGCAUGAAUUAAUCUACAAAUCAUAGAUCGAUCUCUGCUGUGAUCUGUGACCUAGUCUGGGCUGCCAUUGAUGCAGGAGUGGCGAUUGCAUGAAUGACUAUUCAACUUUACCACCCGACAGAGACCAAAAAAGUUUAACACAGCGGAUCAAGGUUUCCACACAUCUGCCAUCUGUCACCAUCUUUUACCAUGGUUCAAGUAAAAAAAAAUAGAGCUGUUGGUUGGCAGACAUUGGUCUAACUCUUCCUUGUUGGCAAUCCAGCUUAAAAAUGUCAUUGUUAGUUGGCCUAAUGUAUUUCUUUGACAACUGAUAUUUUUUUGGUUUGUUUUUAAAGUAGGGGAUAAAUGGUUAAAUUGCUUGAAAAUUUUAGAACCUAUUUUUUUUUUUUUUUACUACAAAUAUAAUUUUACAGUUAAAUUACAUUCAUAGAAUCUUUCAUGAAUUUUUGCAUUCCCUCCCUUGUAAAAGUGGAGAGAGAAAAAAAUUUUAACAAUAUAAUACCACUUAACACUUAUAAAGGAUACUAAAUGUAAUCAAUAAAACACACAUUUAUUAUUACCACAUUCAUAAAUAUAUACAUGUAGCAAAACAUCUACACAUUUUUUAACCCAGUGCAAUAUUUUUUUCAGCAUUCCGAAUUUUCUGAAUAAAAAAAAUAAAUAAAAAAAAGACCAAGGAGGAGGGAAGGCUACAGAACAAAUGAGUCAAGAGAGGAUGAGCAAUUGAGAGAACAUAUUUACUGGAUUCCAGCAAAGAAAAUAUGGCCGAUGAAAACAAAUUAGAUUCUUUGCCUUUGCCGGAUCCACCCCAAAAAUCUCCAGAGAAGAAAUUUCAUUUGAAUUUAAUUCACAACUAUCCCCAGAAAAAUGCAGAGAUUCUCAGCAGCCAGUAUGGCUUCAAUAUCUUCCUGGCUGGGCUGCUGCUGAUGUUCGCCUGGGCCAUUCACGCCGUUGGGAUUACGGACAGAGACCUCCUGUCCUAUCUGAUCACGCUGAUGCUCAUUCAGUUGGGGUGGAUGCUUUGGUACAUUUUCGGGAGUUACACCCAAAGAAGAAGCAUUUUAGAGAAAGAUACUGAUGCUGGAGCACGGUGGCUGAGAUGUGGAAUCACCCUUUUUGCAGUCAUCACUCUCAUUUUGGAUUCUUUCAAAAUUGGUUAUUACAUUGGAUAUUCAGAGUGUUUAUCAAUAACAGAGGGGAUAUUCCCUGUGGCUCACACCAUCCACACUCUUCUACAGGUCUACUUUUUAUGGUUCCAUUCCAAAGAUAUCAUCCAGUCAUUUAAAACCCUUGAAAGGUUUGGUUUGAUCCAUGCAGUUUUUACAAACCUCCUGCUAUGGGCUAAUGGUGUUUUAACAGAAUCCAAGCACCAGCUAAAUGAACAUAAGGAGAGGCUCAUUACUCUCGGGUUUUCCAACAUAACAAUGGAUGAUCAUACUCCGGAGUGUAACUGUACAUCCCAUGUAUGUUCCAUAUUUUCACAAGGUAUAUACUAUCUGUAUCCAUUCACUAUUGAGUACCAUAUAUUGGCUUCUACGAUGCUGUAUGUCUUAUGGAAGAAUAUUGGGCGCACUAUAAAGCAGCACCAGCAGCAGAAGAUCCACUUCAAGUUCCAUGGUAUAACAGCGGGCACAAUUAUGGGUUUAAUCGUUCUUACAACCACCAUUGCUGUCUUGGUUGUGUAUCUCAUCCAGAUUGGACGCUCCAAGAGCAAAAGUGAGCUGGCCCUUAUCAUGUUCUAUGUUUUUGCCAUCAUAGUGUUGACACUUAUGUGUACGGCAGGAAUCAUUGGUCUUUUCAUAUACAGAUUGGAAAAUAAGUCAUUGGAUGAUAGUGAAAGCCCAGCCAAGAAAUUGGACUCAGAUCUUCUUGUUGGUUCCGCUUGUGGUUCUUGGCUCAUCUCUUGGGGCUCUAUUUUGGCCAUUAUCUGUGCUGAGACCCACCCUGACUAUGCAUGGUACAACUUACCGUAUUCUAUCCUGGUGAUAAUCGAAAAAUAUAUUCAGAAUCUGUUUAUUAUUGAGUGCAUCCACCGUAAAGAAGAGGAGCCCAUGGAUAGUCGGGCAAUUGAAAAGAUAUUUUCUAUGUCUAGCAGAAGUACGUUGUCGCUUACGCCUUCAUAUGAGGUUUUCAAUGAAUCUGUAACUAUUUGCAACAAGGAAUUUCCUUACAUGUCCAAUUCAGAACUGUCUCUGGGAGAGGCCUCUGCAGAAGAUAAAAACAAUCAAGAAAACAAUAACUCCAUCAGAUUUGCUCCAUCUAUCAUAGCGAUGCAGGCAAACAGGUCAGCAAAACUCAACAAGAAAAGGAGGAUCCUCAAAAACAUUGCAGCAUUCCUCUUUCUUUGCAAUAUUUCACUUUGGAUUCCUCCAGCAUUUGGCUGCCGCCCUCAGUACGACAAUGGCCUAGAAGAAGUUGUGUUUGGUUUUGAACCCUGGAUCACAGUUGUCAAUCUUGCAAUGCCUUUCUCCAUCUUCUACCGUAUGCAUUCAGCUUCUUCAUUAUUUGAAGUUUACUGUAAGGCAUAGACAGACAAAGGAAAGCAAAACAUGCCCUAACGGAACACAUAAUAGUAUUGUGCCACACUAUUGUAUUGAGGUGUACUGAUCCAGGACACUUUGAUAAUCUUGGAAUGAGCAUGAGGUCAGUUCUGACUUUAUUGGAAACAUAAGCCAAGUGACAGUCUCAUAUUUUGCACAAUGGGGGAAUUUUUCAAUGUUUACACCAGAAAACUGGUACUGAAAAGUUGCAUUUUUUUUGUGUAAAAUACAGAAAAGGCAUCAAAUUUUUUAGCAAAAUAAAAUUUGCUAAAACAUGUGUCACUUUUUGUGCCACAAAACUAGCAUUUAAGCCUUGAUAAAUUCCCCUCAAUACCUUUAUCCUCUAAGUAGUUAUAUAAAUAUGUAGAAGGCAGUAAUAAAUAUUUCCGUGUAAAAAAGCACAUAUAGUAUUUAGAGGAGGCGUUAUUGUUAUUGAACUCUUGUCAUGUAAGGAGUUGUCAAUAACUACAAAUCAAGACUCCCACUGUUGUUUUUGGCCUCUGUCUGGUUUACAGCUCACCCCUAUUUAAAUAAAUGAGAUACACUGCAAUACUGCAAUACCAGACACAGACUACGGACAAGAGUGGCGCUGUUUCUGAAAUAAACCGGAGACCCUUUACUUUACACCUGGGCAACCUAUUUAAGGCACGCAUAAUAUUUCUUGUGUAUUAUACAAAGUACCACUGUAGGUACAAACACAUAAUGUAUUUGAUAUUAACAUUGUAUGCUUUUUCUUUAUUAUUUGUUCUGUAAAUUUACAUUAUUUGUAGGAAUGUUAUUCCCCCAUAAUUAUAUCUUCUUCUGUUGUUGACCCAAUUCUAUAUCAGCUAUCCAACACUUUUCUCAUGGCAACACUUCAUUAUGGGUUA